GAGCGGGAGCAGGGCUGCAGGAGACUUGCGAACAGUUCAGAUAGAGCAAGAACGCGCUCGGGAGAGCAAGUGAGCGAGGGUGAAAGAGUGAGUGCGAGAGGACAUAGAGGAGUCAAAGAGACAGAGCGAGGGCCUAAAGAAUCACGGUAGAGACAGAGUGACCAUGGCUGUCUCUGCACCUCCGGUGAUCUCUGCAACUUCCAGUGGCGCCGGCGUCCCGGGGGGUUUAUUCCGGGCCGAACCCCUGUAUUCGACUCCUGGAGAGCCCCCUCGCCUUAACCCUAAUAUGAUCAACAGUUUCAUGGCUAAUAAUCACAGCGGCAGUGGAGGGAUUGGUAGUGGCAGCGGAGGCAGCAACAACCCCAACGCUAACACCAACGAGUGCCGGAUGGUCGAUAUGCACGGGGUGAAGGUGGCUUCCUUCCUGAUGGAUGGCCAGGAAUUGAUCUGCCUGCCUCAAGUGUUUGAUCUUUUCCUUAAACACCUGGUGGGAGGGUUGCACACAGUAUACACCAAGCUGAAGAGACUGGACAUAUCUCCCGUGGUGUGUACUGUGGAGCAGGUCCGUAUCCUCCGCGGGCUGGGAGCCAUACAGCCAGGGGUCAACCGCUGCAAACUCAUCACCAGGAAAGACUUCGAAACUUUGUUCACCGAUUGCACCAAUGCCAGUUCAAGGCCUGGCAGGCCUCCUAAGCGUUCUUUGGGAGUGUUACAGGACAACACCCGCCUUUUGCCCCAUGCUGUUCCAAGCUUCUUAUCACCAGGACUUAUCACUCCAACAGGUAUAACAGCUGCAGCAAUGGCUGAGGUGAUGAAGCUGCAGAAGAUGAAGCUUAUGGCUAUGAAUACUCUUCAGGGAAAUGGAAGCCAAAAUGGGACAGAAUCAGAGCCUGAUGAUAUUAAUUCUAACACAGGUGGAAGUGAAUCUUCCUGGGAUAAGGAUAAGAUGCAGUCUCCUCUUGCUCCUCCUGGACCUCAACAUGGAAUUGCUCAUGCAACACUUGCUGGCCAGCCAGGUCUUGCAACAGCUCCUACUCUCAAUCCAUUGCAGCAAAACAACCUGCUAACCAAUAGACUGGAUCUCCCAUUUAUGAUGAUGCCUCAUCCUCUACUUCCAGUCAGCUUACCUCCUGCAUCAGUUGCCAUGGCAAUGAAUCAGAUGAACCAUCUCAAUACUAUUGCCAACAUGGCUGCUGCAGCCCAGAUUCACAGUCCACUUUCCAGAGCUGGUGCCUCUGUUAUAAAGGAACGGAUCCCAGAGAGUCCCUCUCCAGCUCCCUCUCUAGAAGAAAGUCAUCGCCCUGGGAGCCAGACCUCCUCUCACCCCAGUAGCAGUGUGUCCAGCUCUCCCUCUCAGAUGGAUCACCAUUCCGAGAGAAUGAUCAUGAUGCCUAGCAACAGAGAAGAAGUUAUUGUUGAUCAGGAUAAUGGACCAGCCAUCAAAAAAUUCCCAAGGGAUAAUAAAGAAGAGGGACCAGUUCAAAUUCCAAUAAUGAAGUCACCCUUGGACAAGAUACAGCUGGCUCCUGGGCAGGCCUUGCCCCACGGAUUCCCUGGACCAUUCAUUUUUGCUGAUAGUUUGUCCUCUGUGGAGACUCUGUUGACCAACAUUCAGGGUCUGCUGAAAGUGGCCUUGGAUAAUGCUCGCAUCCAGGAGAAGCAGAUUCAACAGGAAAAGAAGGAGCUGCGAAUGGAGCUCUACAGAGAAAGAGAAAUUAGAGAAAAUCUUGAAAGACAGCUUGCAGUGGAGCUUCAAAGCAGAACUACCAUGCAGAAGCGUCUGAAGAGGGAGAAAAAAGCCAAGAGAAAACUGCAGGAAGCCUUGGAAUUUGAAUCAAAGCGUCGGGAGCAAGUGGAGCAGGCACUUAAGCAAACUACUACUAGUGACAGUGGCCUGAGGAUGUUGAAAGAUACUGGAAUUCCAGAUAUUGAAAUCGAAAGUAAUGGGACUCCUCAUGACAGCGCUGCUAUGCAAGGAGGUAACUAUUACUGUUUAGCAAUGGCACAACAGUUUUAUUCGGCCUGAAAGGUCCCUGCUGGCUUUACAUAAAUGAAGAUGCUUGUGAUUCCAGUUUGUUUCUGAAACUAUUCAACAUGGAAAUAUUUCAGUUGUGUUUAUCAGUAAAGCUUUCUUUACUGAAGUAAAUACCCAAUCAAUGUUACACUUUUAAAAGGAACGUGUAUGUAUUUUAAAGGCAAUGAUGUAAACCUUGUCUUUGCAUUAGAUUUCCCAGUUUAAGAAUAUGACCCAAAUCCUAAUGGCUAAAG